GAAAAGGCGGCAGAGGCGGAGGCGGAGGCGAACUCUUCGCCAGAGUUCCCAGGCGCCUUCCAAGCUGACCGGACGAGUCACCUUCCGCGGGGAGCGACGCUGCCCUGAGGGAAGCAGGAGAAUGCGAAAGCGGGCAAGGGUGGCGCGGGGGGCGCUGCGUCAGGCUCUCCUCCGCUUAAGUUCUCAGGUUCCGUAGACUUUGCGCGCGGACCCCCAGCCCUCGCUUCUCCUUCCUUCCUUCCUCCCGCCUUCGCUCGCUCUCGGGUAUAACUAGUCUUCGGCGCUCGGCGGGACCGGGACGAGAGCAGCAGCCCUUGUUUGCGUCUCGGCGGGUGUCGUGGAAAGAGCGGGCAACCCUGUCUCCUCGCGCUGGGGAGGUAGCAGGAGGAGAAGGGGAAGCCCGCAGCCGGCGACAGGAACGCUCGCCUUCGCCGCAACUUUGUGUGUGCUGGGAACGCGUCGAGCCCGCGCUGAGAUACCUGAAGAACUGCUGAGGCGGGGGCUGCAAAGGCUCUACAUCUACAGACCUGGAGAAACAGAGGAUCCCACCCACUUGUAAUGAGCCUCUACCUGCCUAGGAAGAACUGGAGAUUCGGGGAGGAUGCUCUUAUUUAGCAAGAACAGCUAAAUAUAACACUGUUUCUGUUGCUUCAACCUAUUCAUUUCUCCGUCCCAAUUUCUCCCCACAACUGGGAUUCAGUCAGCAAGCACUGAAUUAUCAUCCAUUUAAUGCCCAGUAGUAUUUACCAUCAUUAACAGACUGUUUUUUUUUUAAUGUACUGUAGGAGUUUUGAAAAUAUUUUUUUUUGUUGUUGGGCUUUUUUCUCCCACCAUUUCUUUGGGCUCUCUCUUGAGUAGUUAUCUCAGACACGGAGCAUCCUGAUGGCUUCAUAAAUUGGGAGCAGCUCCCCUUGUUCAUGAUGGGGCGAGAACAGGAACUGAUCCAGGCCGUGAAAAAUGAGGAUGUACCUGGUGUGCAGAAAUUGGUAGCAAAGAUCAAGGCAUCCAAAAGUAAACUCUUGGGAUCAACUAAACGGCUGAAUGUGAACUACCAGGAUGUGGAUGGGUUUUCAGCAUUGCACCAUGCAGCCUUGGUUGGAAGCCUGGAGCUUAUCUCCCUGUUGCUGGAGGCACAGGCCAUCGUGGAUAUUAAGGAUACAAAUGGAAUGCGCCCAUUACACUAUGCCGCGUGGCAAGGGAAGGUGGAGCCAGUGCGCCUACUGCUACGGGCAUCUGCUUCAGUCAAUAUGGCAUCAUUGGAUGGACAGGUCCCACUGCACCUCUCUGCCCAGUAUGGCCACUAUGAAGUGUCGGAGAUGCUGCUUCAGCACCAAUCCAACCCGUGUCUUAUAAAUAAGGCUAAGAAAACCCCCUUGGACUUGGCUUGUGAGUUUGGCAGGCUGAAGGUAGCCCAGUUGCUUCUGAACAGCCAUAUGUGUGUGGCUUUGCUUGAGGGACAAUUCAAAGACACAAGUGACCCCAACUACACCACUCCUCUACAUUUGGCAGCGAAGAAUGGGCACAAGGAGAUUAUCAGGCAGCUCCUGAAAGCUGGAAUUGAGAUCAACAGGCAGACAAAAACAGGCACUGCCUUGCAUGAAGCUGCGCUGUAUGGCAAGACAGAAGUGGUGCGCUUACUGCUGCAGGGAGGCAUUGACGUCAACAUUCGCAACACCUACAACCAGACAGCCUUGGACAUUGUGAACCAGUUCACCACUUCACAUGCCAGCAAGGACAUCAAGCAGCUCCUACGAGAGGCAUCAGGAAUCCUGAAGGUCCGCGCUUUGAAGGAUUUUUGGAAUCUCCAUGAUCCAACAGCUCUUAACAUCCGUGCUGGAGAUGUCAUCAUGGUCCUAGAGCAGCAUGCAGAUGGACGGUGGAAGGGCCAUAUCCAUGAUGCUCAGAAAGGCACUGACCGAGUUGGCUACUUUCCUCCAUCCAUUGUAGAAGUAAUCAGCAAGCGGACAGGCCUGACUCUUUCCCGCAUGGUGCCCAUACAUCAGUGCCAGAGCCAUGCAAAGGGGCUGCAGGUUAUCACAGCCACCCCUCCUGGUGGGCUACAACUACAUACCGACGCCUCUCCGCCACAGGCACCCCUCAGCCUCCCUACAGGCUGGGGCCACCUCUCCCUGGCCAGGACAGCUCCAGCAGCUGAGAGCCCAGCAGGUGAUAGGAACAGCGUGGGCAGUGAAGGCAGCGUCGGCAGUAUCCGAAGUGCUGGUAGUGGUCAGAGUACUGAGAGUACCAAUGGACAAUUCAUGGGAAUCCUCAUUGAGAAUGUAAAGCCACUUUUGCCUGGUGGGGAGGAUCUGCAGCAACAUGUCCUGAGUUCAAAUUCUCACAAUGGCCAGACCAGCUCCUUGGGGACCCCCAUGCACCAGAAUUUCUCCAGUGACAGGAUCUUCUCCCACCAGUAUCUACGUCCAGAGCAGCUCCUGGAAGGGAAGGAUGCUGCAGCCAUUUACAAUUGGCUAAGUGAAUUCCAGCUGGAAUGCUAUACAACCAACUUCCUGAAUGCAGGUUAUGAUGUGCCAACAAUCAGCCGCAUGACUCCAGAGGAUCUCACAGCAAUUGGUGUAACCAAGCCAGGCCACAGGAAGAAAAUUUCAACAGAGAUUGGACAGCUCAGCAUUGCUGAAUGGCUCCCAAAUUAUAUUCCUGAUGACUUGAUGGAAUGGCUGAGUGCUAUUGGUCUACCCCAAUACCACAAGAAGCUGGUGAGCAACGGUUAUGACUCCAUCAACAUUGUGACCGAUCUGACUUGGGAGGAUUUGCAAGAGAUUGGCAUCAACAAACUUGGCCACCAAAAGAAGAUCAUGCUGGCUGUCAAGAAGCUGACAGAUCUUUGUAAGAGUCAGAGUCAGGCUGAAGUCAGCACUCUUAGGCGCAAGAUCCCUAGUGCCUUGGAAAUAGUCACCAUUGAGACUGUGGAGAAUGGGGAGUGCCAUUCUCCUCUCACCCCCAAAAUGACCACUUUUCAGGACAGUGAGCUGAGCCAUGAGCUCCAGACAGCCAUGUCCAACAGCUGCCAAGAGUCAUUGACCAUCAAGAGUACACAAGCUAUGUCACGGAGCCAAGAGAGCAUUGGUGCACGAUCCAGAGGAUCAGGACAUUCCCAGGAGAACAUGCUAUCCCAAAGCACCUCCUCUAGCCAUUCUCAGGAGAGUUUGGGUAGCGGCGAAGGGAGCAGUGGGAGCAGUGGAGGGCAUUCUUUCACCCAGCCCUGUCCUGUGGAGAACUCUACCAGUACCCAGGGUCGACCCAGCCCAGACCACUAUGGAAAAUUCAUUCCGUCGCUCAAUGGACCAGAUGGAGUCAAUGGCUAUUCUAGCAGUUGUAUGGGAAGUCCCCUGAAGGAGAGAAAUCUGCCUGAGGGGAUGGAUCACUACCAGAGACCAAAUGCCUCACCAGAGCCAUCAAGCCCCCUACCAGUCCCCUCCCCCUGCACAUCGCCCCACACCGCCAGCAAGGGAACAGCCCCGUAUGUCUUCAUGUAUCCCCACGUAUCACUGAAGGCUCAGUCAGCAACUCCACCUCCCAUGCCUGAGCAGGCCAAGGUGUCUACCCACUUGUCAGUCCAGAGGACCAUCCUCCAGUCAACUGCCCAGAAAGCUUUCUCCUAUCUCCAUUCCCACUGUGGCCCCUCAGAGCCACCUCAGGUGCCCCCAAAGCCUAGGCCUGAGCAGCAAAAUGGUGAGGGCUUUAAGCACAAGAAACGCUCACACAGCUUGAACCGCUAUGCACUGUCUGAUGGGGAACCUGAUGAGGAAGAGCCAGCUAGCAGCUCAGUGGGGUCUUAUGCUACCCUCACCAGGCGGCCCGGGCGCAGUCAGAUCUCACGGACACAACCACCCUCAGAUGCUAAAGUCUUGCGCAGUCAGUCUUUUGCUAUCCGUGCCCGGAAGAAAGGCCCUCCACCUCCUCCUCCUAAACGCCUCAGUUCGGUCUCCAGCCCUCCAGCAGUUGAUGCAGAGUUUGAACAAGGCCAACAGUCACAGAAUGGAUCCUUGCUGUCCCAGGAUGAAGGGGAUAAUGCUAAUGACAGAGCUUGCCUUGUGAAAAAUGCAGCUACUAAGCUUGAUAGGCCAAUCUAUGAUGGGAGCCCAACCCAGCCUCUUCAGUCUUCACAGACCUCCAGUUGUGGUCAAGAAGGAAUCAAGAAAGGUAGCCUACACAAUUCAAUUCAAGGAGGCCUUGGUAACACCAAUACCAUGAAUGGUAGAAGCCAAGUCUUUGAAGGCAAUGCUCCCAGGAGACGAACAUGCAGCGAAUCUUCAGUUACCCUGACAGAGGCUGUGCAGCACAACCAUGAGGACAUCCGAUCAGACACCGAGGAAGACAUUCCAGUUGAGAAGGAUGACUGUGCCAAAUCCCCUUGUUCCUCCCAAAACAGCUCCAGUGAGUGCAUUCCUUUUGCAGAAGAAGGCAACCUAACCAUCAAACAGCGACCAAAGCCUUUUGGGCAGCUCAAGGCAGAUGCCCCCACUCCAGACUCAGACUCUGCUCCUGCUCAGCCCAAUGGGAAAGAGUCUCAAGAGGCUUCGGCAAAAGAAGCCCCAGUGUUGGAAUUCAAUCUCACCGAAUCUGACACAGUCAAGAGGCGGCCCCGCUGCAGAGAGAGGGAACCUCUCCAGAAUGUACUGAAGGCAUUUGGCACGGCCACCCCAAGCCCAGGCACAACAACCACAACCCCACAGUAUGCCCAGGCCCAGACAGUAAGCAUCAGUGGGCCUUCACUGCGUGUGAUGGAACCUCUCCCUACCACAGACCCGUUGGAGGAUGACAGCAUGGCAUUCCAAAUAGGUGAGAUAGAGAAAAGCAUCCUGUCCCUGGAGAGGGGGAUUAACAAGCUUCCUGUCUCUUUGAAACCAACCAGUCCAGGACCACUGCAGAGUGAGAGGCAUGGAGGAUCAUUUCAGCUGAGACUACCAGCCACAGUAACAGACAUGACGGCCAUGCCAACCUCCAUCGCUUCUACCAAGCUGGUAUUUUCAGGACCCAAAACCAUCUUUCAGCAAGUCUUGAAAAACUCUCACCAAACAAGUCCCCCCAGGGCAACCACUGAGAUGAUGUCAGAAGGAACAAGUCCCUAUCCCAUGAAACUGGGGCUCAGCAGUAAGCCUGCCUUCAGUUUUGGGAUGCCCCUUCCACCAAGAUCUUCAGGCAUGUGUCCAGAUGUAAUACAGACUCAGCAGCGUCUGGAACAAACCAGUUCAUCUUUGGCAUCCACACUUGAGGCUGCCGAAAAGGAGAUCAUUGCAGAGGAAGCCGACAGCUGUUAUGGGACCACACACUCAGCCAAGAACAUUCUUGAAGACAUCAGCAACAUGUUCAAUGACCUAGCUGAGCAGCUGGAUGCUAUGUUGGACUGAGCACCAGCUUCUCUACAUGCAUUGUUGUAGGUUCAUGCUUCUAACCUGACAUGUAUGACAGCUGGACAACCUUGGGUGCUGAGUCUCACAAGUACUUCUAGCUUCUCCUUCCUGCACUUUAGCAUCUUGCUUACUUGACACGCCAUGCUGGAUACAGGCCCCUAGGUCUUCACUUCCAGCUGGAAACCACCCGAUAGCCACUUAUGCUCCAGUGCCAUUCCUAAAGCUUUGACACAAGAUGAAGCAAGCACACCAAUGAAGAUUGACUUGGUUUCUACCUGUCCACCAGAGAAACUGUACCAGCCUUAUGAACUGAUGGUGCACACCACACUGCAGUUGCAAAGGGGCAGAAAAAGUAUCUAUCACUCAGGCUAAUUGUGGAAGAAGAUCAGUGUCACUGUGAGCUCCUCAAAAGGUCUCAUCCUACCUAAUGCCAUGUAGAACUACAUUUCUUCUCAAGAAUAACUCAUUCUUUCUUCCUGGAUUUUGUCAUUUCAAUAGUAACAGCAUAGUAUCAAGUUCUUCAGAUAGUGACAACAGCAAAAGGGCUACUGUUCCUCCCACUGAUUAGUAGCUGGCAGCUUGCAAAACAAGACAAAUCCUUGAGGCCUUUUCAGUAUAUCAAUACAGAAAACCCUCUAUAACCUAGAUGGGCUUAAAUUCUGCACACAACAUUUCAAAGCAAGGCUUUGGGAGAAACUGAAAGCUACUUGACCUUUCCCAAAUCUUUUAGACUCAUUCAAUGCAUGGGACCGGAAGACCAGAGAGCAGAGAUUUGUCUUCCAUUUUUAACCCCUUUCAGUAGACCCUGUGAGGGAGAUGCAGAUUGGUUUAGCAAACCCCCUAGUGAUCAUGAUUAUAAAAAUAUGCUAACAUACCAACUGAGUUUCAGUUGUAGUCAUCUUAAGUGACUUUUUCCAGUUACAGUAUUCUCCUCUGCAGGGAACCAAACACUUUCGACAGCUAAUAGACCUGUUGCCUUUUUAGGGAAAUGAAAAAUGGCAGAAUUUGGGCUCUAAACUAUUGCUUUGCAAAUCUGCCCCUUAGUCCUUCCC